GAUACCACAGAGUGGGAGAGAGUGAGAGAGGCGAGCCUUUAAAUCUCUGCGGUGCAGAGCUGGAAAAGCUGCUUCUCAGCGAAAAUCAGACGCCCUAUUUACCCUGCUUAUUUGCGCCUGUUAUUUUCCUGGAGAAAAAAAAAGGACUUACAACCAAGAAGUUGCAACGAGGACUGGUGCCCGUCUCAGCGAACAAACGUGGUAUUUCCUUUAUUAUUAUUUAUGCUGAUUUUUUUUUUUUUUUUUUUUUUUUGGUUUUGUUUUUGUGAAUACACUUCUACUGAAGGGACUGAGGUCUUUACUUUUGCACUGAGACGCAUUGCUUUCUACCUCCUGUCUGGUCUCUCUGCCAGAUUAUCCCAGCAGAAGUAGGCUAUGACGCAAACCGUGUGCAGAGCAUUAGUCUGAAAGUUUUCCUCCACUACUUUUUUUUUUUUCAUUUUCCUUUUUUCCCCUCACGAAUCACACGGUGUUUCAUGCUACAGCAAGUCAGUGCACAGCGGUGGAGGAGCCAAAAGAACUAUUGCAUGAAACAAGAAAGGAGAGAAGAGACGCUGAUUAAUAAGUCAGUUUUUGCGACACUCGCAAGCACCUUUGCAUAUCUGCAAAAGAGUCGCGACAGCAACAUGAGCACAGAGCUGGGCAUGGGCUCGGAGCUACCCAGCAGCCCUUUGGCUCUGGAAUAUGUCAAUGAUUUUGACCUGAUGAAGUUUGACGUGAAGAAGGAGGGCCUGGCCGGGCUGGAGCGCAACGGCGUGCGCCAGUGUAACCGUCUCCAACCCCAAGGCUCUGUGUCCUCGACUCCCAUCAGCACACCCUGCAGCUCGGUACCCUCCUCACCGAGCUUCAGCCCCACGGAGCAGAAAAGCCACCUAGAGGAGCUGUACUGGAUGCCGAACGGCGGGUACCACCAGCAGAUAGACCCACAGACGCUAAGCCUGACCCCAGAGGACGCAGUGGAGGCCCUGAUUGGAGCCACAGCUCACGGCCACCCUCCGCCUCCGCACGUACAACAGCAGCUGCAGCAGCAAGGCGCUUUCGAGGGCUACAGAGGCCCACAUCACCAUCACAGCCACCACGGCCACAGCCAGCAGCAUCAUCACCCAUACGCGGGGGGCAUCCCGCACCACGCCGAGGAGCUGUCCGGGCACCCGGGCGGACACAACCACCCACACAGCCAGCACCACCAUCACCACAGCCAGGACCCCGACAGCCCGUCCCCGGUCUCCCCAGAGUCCCACCAGCCGCUCCAUCACCACCGCCACCAUCAUCACCACCAUCCGCACGGCCACCUGAGCCAGUCGGCGGGCCACCACAGCUCCGGGGGCGGACUCAGCGUGGAGGACCGCUUCUCCGACGACCAGCUGGUGUCCAUGUCGGUGCGGGAGCUCAACAGACACCUACGGGGCUUCACCAAGGACGAGGUCAUCCGCCUCAAGCAGAAGAGGAGGACCCUGAAGAACCGGGGCUACGCUCAGUCCUGCCGGUUCAAGCGAGUGCAGCAGAAGCACGUGCUGGAGAACGAGAAGACGCAGCUGAUUAACCAGGUGGAGCAGCUGAAGGCGGAGAUCAGCCGGCUGGCCAGGGAGAGGGACGCCUACAAACUCAAGUGUGAGAAACUGACGGGGUCAGGGGCCAAUAACGGGUUUCGCGAGGCUGGCUCGACCAGUGACAACCCUUCAUCGCCAGAGUUUUUCAUGUGAGUUGUCGUAGGCUUUUCUUGUGAACCCUCACUCCCCCCUCCUCCUCCCUCACAACAAACUUUUCCCCUCCACCACCACCACCACCACCACCACCUUUCCUUUCUCCGCAAAAAUGACUGAGUGGCUGACGAACAAACGAUAAUAAUCCUCACCUCUCAUACUGUUUAUGAUUAUACUAAUAACAAUAACAAUUAUAUUCAUAUUAGAAGAAUAAUCCAUCAAAUAGUAUUCUCAUAUAUAAUCAUCUCUCCAUCCACGUGUCAACUGAGAUACAAAGAGCAAUGUAGAGUGUCUGAUCAGUCGCAGCAUCUUUGUAGAUUAGUUGCUUGUAGUGAAGAGACUUUUUUUUUUCCUCCUUCUUCUUCAAAUAAGAGGAUCGGCUGAUGAACUUUGUUUGUUUUUUUUUCCAUUGAGGCUAUACAGCUUUUAAAUAAUCUGUAAGUAGUGUGGGAUGGCAUCGAGGCAGUUGUCUUGUAAUUUUGUUCUUCAAAAACGAUGACAUUGUUAUGAAACAACAAGCAGGCCUGGCCUCGCAGCCUGCAACACUCGAGACUCUCAUUCGACAAGUGGGCCCGUAAUCUGAGAAAAUCUCCAAAAAGCAAGACUCCACUUUAUGCAAAUUUUAACUUCUACUAACCCGUCACGCGGGGGGGUGGGGGUGGGUGGGUAUGGGCAUUUUAUGCAACAUCUCAUUGAUUUAUUGCCUGCUUGGUUAUAUUCGAAUAUAUAUUGAAACAAACAAAAAAAAAAUCUGCAUUAAAUAUUAAUCCUGCAUGCUGGACAUGUACGGUAAUAAUUUCUAUUUUGUACUUCAUCUUCUCGUGUAUAUUAAGAGCAUGUUGUUGAUCUGCGCUUCUCCAUAGUUCUGGGGGGGUUUAGAGAAAUGCAGCGGGGACAGAACAGCAGGACUGCCGGUGCAGCAUCAUAUGGUGUGGGGUUUCUUUUUUUUUUGGGCUUGUAAAUAGUAUGCAACCGCAAAAACUGCACAACAAGAUUGAGGAGGCUGGUUUGAACUUCUUUCUUUCUUUGUGUUGUGUCUCUAUUUCAUUUAUUUUGUAUGACUUCGUUUAUCAUUUUUGGGGUAUUGAUCGAGAGAGGAGUGCAUUUAUUUUUCAGUCGCAUUUAAAUACAACAAACUUUGUGUGUCAAGUGCACUUUUGGAUAAUGAUUUGAACGUUUUCAUUUUGAAAUUUGCGCAGACCUCCCUCCAGGAAGACAUACUAUGAUAUUAUACAGUAAAAUUAUCCAACACAGGGCCUGAGUGCCAAGUUUUGGGAGUAAUAUUUGGACACGUGUUCUGUAAGGCUGAGGAGACAAACACGUGGCCACAAUAUUAUUGGAGCCAGAUUGCACAGAAUAGACUAUUGCGCACCAAGGCGAGCUUACAAGUUUUCCACACACUGUUUAACACACAAUGUGGCCGAACGCUUUUGCGCCACCCAUUCAGAAAAGUGCUGUUCUGCCUUUCUGUGAACUCCUCAACAGACCACAAGAGACCCAAACUAAAGUUUAUCCUCUCGUUCCGAUUGGCAGCCACCUGUAGCCUGAUAUUAAUGAUUUUUUAUCUUUGACAAUAUUUUGAAAGAAAAAAAAAAUGCAACAAUUUACUUGUCAGGGGUUUUAUGCAGAGGUAACAUUUAGAUUAUGUGAGCAUUUUUUUUUUUUAAAAAAAGAGGAACAUUAAUGUUCUAUGCUUUCCUGAUUUUUUUCCUGCCGGUCAGUAAAAAAAGGGACUCAGGUUGUGCAAAUUCUCAAAAUGAAAACUAUGUGUAUGUUACGUAAUACGUUUCUUGUUUUUUUGUCUGUUUUAUUAUUAUUUGAUGAUUCUGGUUCUGCUGGCCAGAUGCAUAGUUAAAGUUUUUAUUUUAAUGAUUUAAAUUAACAAACUGUCAGAUCAUAUCGAAUAAGCAUGGUGCUUGCAUUUGAAACUAUUGUUGAAAAGUCAUGCAUUUAACAAUCUUUGGUUUGUCACUGAUUCAACUGUGUUGAAAUCUAACUGAAACUGCAGCAGCGGGUUGUUGUUUUGUUUUCACCUAUACCAUGUACUUUGCGAUGAUGGGGAUCAAUUUUCAAUCCUGUUUAUAUAAAUAAUAGUUAAAACACUUAAAUUUGAACUGUUGCAUUCAGGCUGGUUUCUGUUUUGUCUUAUUUUUUGGUUGUUUUUGGAAGAAACUGUUUCCUAUUUUGCUUAUUAAAGUCACUGAAAUGGCAA